AUGGAGACUGCGAAGGAGACCAAGCAGCCCGUCGAGGCCACUGCUGUCUCGCCGCCAGAGUCCGAGCAUGCUGUCCCGGCCGAGAUCUACAUCGAUCCCGUCCUUGAGCGCAAGAUCAUGACCAAGUUCGACUGGUUGAUGAUGCCUCAAUUCGUCAUAAUAAUCAUGCUGGCCUACCUGGACAGAUCUAACAUUGGCAACGCCCGCAUCUUCGGCUUUGAAGAAGACCUCAACCUGGUCGGCAACCAAUUCGCCAACGUCUCCUCCCUCUUCUUUGUGACCUACGUCGUCUUCGAAGUCCCCUGGGUCAUGGCCGUCAAGAAAUGGGGCGCCAACAGCGUCAUCGCCGUCGCCAUCGUGGCCUGGAGCGCCGUCACCAUCGGCACCGGCUUCGUGCACAACUACGAGCAGACGCUGGCCAUGCGCUUGCUGCUCGGCGCCGCCGAGGCGGGCAUUUUCCCCGCCUGUAGUUUCGUCGUCUCGACCGUGUACCCGCGUGAAAGCCAGGCGAAGCGGAUCGCCGUCCUGUACGGCUCCACGGCCGUCGCGGGCGCUUUUGGCGGUCUCAUCGCGUAUGGCAUCCAACUGAUGGGCGACCGCCACGGCAUCGAGGCGUGGCGCUGGCUCUUCAUCGUCGAGGGUAUCAUCUCGAUCGUGCUCGGCAUGGCGUGCUGGGCGUCGCUGCCGCGCACCGCCGAGCACGCCUGGUUUCUCACCGCCGCGCAGAAACAGCUCAUGGAGGACCGACGCCGGAGAGACGUCGCGUACAAGGGUGAUGCGGGGCUUUCGUGGGCGGACGCCAGGUCGGCAUUCACGGACCCCAUGGUCAUCGCCGCGGGCUUGUCUCUGUUCUGCGCCGGCGUGCCACUUUUUGGUUAUGGCACCUUCUUGCCAACCAUCAUCCGUGGCUUUGGCUACGAGAGUAUUCAGGUGAACUACUUGACCAUACCAGUCUACAUUUUAGGUUGCUUUUACCUGGCCCUAAUCACCUACAUCUCCGACCGACUCCGAAAGCGCGCCAUCAUCGCCGUGUGCGCGCCCAUCCCCGUCUUGAUAGGCUACGCCAUCGCCAUCGGCACGCCCAACGUCGGCGCCGGCUACUUUGCCAUGUUCCUCUGCUCUGGCGUCUACAGCUACAACACCAUCCUCGUGACCUGGGUCUCGAACAACAUCCGCCCAGACUCGAAACGCAGCGCCGCCAUCCCCUUUUUUAUCUCUAUCGCCAACACCUCCGGCGUCGCCGCCAGCCAGGUCUACCCCAACUUCACCGCCCCGCGCUUCAUCAUGGGCAACUCCAUCUCCAUGGCCAUGGAGUUCUGCGCCAUUUUGGGGAUUGGCGUCAUCUACGUGAUUUUGCGGAGGCGGAAUCAGAUUAAAGCCCAGCAGCGCGCUGAGGGGGUGACGGAUAAUGGGCAGAGGGGGGAUAAGGCGCUGGAUUUUGAGUAUAUCUUUUGA